UGCCGUACCCAAGAACCGGAUUUGAUUGUCAAUUUUUUUCGUUAAAGGCAAGAUCAGCGACCGUGAAUUUCUCGUAGACCUUUUCUUGUAAGUCAUCUUCUCGCGAAAGUAAACUUUUACCUUUAAACACCACCACUUUACAAGAUAAAACACUUGUAUUCCGCUGGAAAGACUCGAGACGUCCAGUUUAGAUUAAUCCUCGCAACCAGGCCAAGUUCACAUCCCCCUUCCCUCGGGAUCAGAAAACAGCCAAAAGCUUCUGUAGAGGGGAAGGAGGGCGUCAGAUGUUGAGGCUUGGAGUUAUCAGAGAUCGGAGGAGAUUUAUACACUGGGGCUGCUCACAGUUGGACAGGCGAGAAUGAGGGUCGACGUGAUGAAAUAAAGGAUCAUAUUCCACUUUUUACCCGGCUUGGCAAGUUAACUGUCUCAUUUCAAGCUAAGCUCAAUCAAGCUCUCACGCACGACAUUUUCCUUGACUUUUUAGUCGUCCGACAGGAAUGGAUAAACACGCUGAAGAAACGAAAUUAAGUCAAGCAAAGAAGUGCGACAAUUUUCACAAAGCUUCCUUGCUAUUGUCAGUUUUUGCGAUUGUCCUAACAAUCGCGCUGUUCCUGAGACUGGAGAUCAACACACAAAUAUUGGAAGUCAAGGUCACCCUUGAAAUCCAACAGAUCAAAGAAACUCUGAAAGUGGUAAAAGAUGCUCGCCUGCCAGCCAACGACAGUCUUGAUGCUUCUAGUGUCAUCAAGUACAGAAGUAAAAUUGUCCGCCGAAGUUUAGGCACCCAACACAACGUAUCUGGCGAUGCAGACGAAGCUGAUUCUGCGAUAAAAAAGUACGUUGCUUCUCUUAUCGCUGAAUCUAUCGAGUCUUACUGCCAACCCACGAAAAAAUUGUGCAUGGCAGGUCCUCCUGGACCUAAGGGAAUUCCUGGAAAGGACGGUAAAGACGGUCGAAAAGGCAAUCACGGAUACCCUGGAGAAGUAGGACCAGUCGGGGAACCAGGAUUAAAGGGAGAUGCUGGAAAUCCUGGAAUUAAAGGCCAAAGAGGAGACCCAGGUCUCCCUGGGAAUCCGGGACCUAAAGGCGAACCAGGCGAGUCUAUUUUUGCUCCAGACGUAGAUGUAUCUCCUGCAUCACUCACUGUCAGGGAGAAGCAGACCGCCACAUUUAACUGCUCGGCUGAUGGUAAUCCAAAACCCAGAGUAACCUGGAGUAAAGUCAAGAACACAGGAAUUGAGAAUUUCGACAGCCGCGACAAUAAACUUCUCAUCAGGAAUGUUGGUUAUAAUGAUUCGGGGAGUUACGUUUGCAUGGCUGAAAAUAUAUUGGGAAAAAUGCAAAAAGAAGUUAAGCUUUUCGUGGAAGUGCCUCCAGUAUUCAUACAAAGUCCGGAUCGAUUCUUAAGAGUAAUAGGAAGAUCGGACGCCUCAAUCCCUUGUCGAGCAUUUGGCUUUCCUCCACCAGCGAUGGUUUGGUCAAGGGGCUUCUUGUCCUUACCACAAGGCCGAACUUCUGUUACAAGUUACAAUUUGACCAUCGCCAACUUUAGUCCUAAAGAUGCCGGUGUUUACCAGUGCAAAGCCAGCAAUAAGCUUGGCACUAUCAGCACAUUGACAACCUUGAAUUAUGUCCCACCAGAGUCCUGGAUGAAUUCAGCAAUAAUCGGUGGGAACGCCCAAUAUCAAACUAAACUUCACGAGUUCUUGACACCCGCAGUCGGAAGUCAUCCUCAGUGGAUACUGUGUUACCGCGCCUGUACUCACGGCUGGGCGGUCAGCACCUUCCACAGCAGAUGUGACGGGAAGCGGAACACUGUCACUAUCGUAAAAGUAGGACAGUACGUGUUUGGAGGAUACACCGACAUUCCGUGGGCAUCUAGUGGUGGAUAUGGUUACACUUCCAAAGCUUUCAUAUUUUCUCUCCGCAAUUCAAGAGGACUGCAACCAUUUAAAAGCAUGGUGAUACAGCCACAAUAUGCAAUUUACAAGAUGUCCAGCUUUGGUCCAACUUUUGGCUACAACUACAACAUCUACAUUGCUGACAACGCCAACUCGCAGAUGCGUGCAUCAUCAUAUACAAAAUUUUCUCGAUACAGCUCAGGAUCCUACUCGUCCUUUCCAGUUGGAAGUUGGCGGCGGGACCAGUCCAGCAUCUUAGCUGGGAGUCAGAACUUCGAAAUCACUGACUGGGAGGUUUUCUAUGUGGAUUAACUCUGUGUUCGACUAAAAAAGAAAAACAGUCUAUUCCAAUUUUGAUCUAACUUUAAACCUUAUCCUCACCUUGAUGUAAGGAGGAAAGGAGGAAAGGCCCUUGCUUAUAUUUCCAAGAGAAUGCCUCUCAACUGUCCCCUAAUGAUUUUACGUUUGAGCUAAAUAAUUGAUUUGCAGUACAUUGAAAUGCGACUUUUAGAAACUUAACCAGCUGAAGACUGCAAAGAAGACAAUGAUAUCUACGUGGGACAUGUACACUUAAGAGAAAAAAGUACCAGAUAUAGUGAUCAUUUAGACUAUGGAAAUCAACUUAAAGCUAAUACGACAAUGUUUGUGUCGACAAAAUCUACUUUAAAUGCAUUAAAACUUGUUUUAGGCCCAA